AUGACUACAGAAAGUUUCAAGUUUCAAAAAGUCUCUGUUAAGAAGAUAUGUUUGCCAGAGCCCUUGCAAUGGGAACCAGACACAGCAAUCGUCGAAGAACAGAAGAGUUACUUGAGAACACCAAGGACAGCUAAUGAUGAUGAUCAAAGCAUAUUGGCGUCUAUCCUUUCAAAGUGGAGUCAAAUGAUAAGAAAAAGCAUAAGAAACUACAAACAACGGAAAAGGAAUAGGUUGAAAUUUUGUCAUAAUUUGAACGGUAAAUAUUUGGGACUUAAUAAUACCAAGCUGAGUACAAAUUUUAUUUUGCCAGAUAUCCCAGUAACAAUGUCAACUAAUGAAAGAGAAUGGUUACCACAGAUUGAACCAAUAAUGGUUAGGGAUAUGGUAAUUGAAUUUCCUACAAUUGAAAGCAUCACAUACAGCGAAGCAGAUAUAACCACAUUAUCCAACGAUGUUCCUCAAAUAAUUGAUUUCUAUCUGGAUAAUGACAUUGAUGAUAUAGAAUCAUUGAAACAUCGCAAAAACAUGAUCUCUAUAAAGAAGAGACUUGUGGAACAGAAAAUAACCGAUCUAACCAAUUUACUUCAAAGAAAGACACCCGAACAUUGUUACCGUCAAAGGACCAGUAGGGACAAAGUUAUAUCUAUGAUGAAUGAUUUACAAAGACUGAACUUUGAAGUAGAAACGAAAAAAAGAACUAUAGAGCUACUAAAGUCGCAAAAUCUUAGAAUGCCAAAAUAUUGA